AUGGAUGUGAAGGAGGAUGGACAUUUCAGAGACUCACACUGCAACUGGACUGUCUGUAACCCACAGUCACAAUGUAACUGCACAUGCCUGAACAAUGACGAAAUCAGAAGAGCAAGACAAUGCUGCCAGACAGAAGCUUACAUUCCUGUCAUGCUCAGACUUACAAAUAACACUACCACUCACUCGUGUAGAGAAGGGAAUGAGUCGGACAGCACUCUGAAGAAGAAAAGCCUCCGAUCAACAGCCAGUAGAGCUGAGAAAAGGCUCUCUCAACAGAUCGAGGAUGACAGUGCAGAUCUCAGGUGCCAACUCCACUUUGCCAAAGAAGAAUUAGCUCUCAUGUGCAAGAAGCUCACCAAGUUGGUAUCAGAGAGCGAAGGCAUGCGCGAAGAGCUGGCCAAAUACCACUCAGCCUACGGCGAUAUCCAAUCGCCUGAGAGCAAACAAAACUCCGCCCACGCCAGGGAGGCAGGGGUCAAAGUUCACUUGAAACUGGUGGAAGAGGAGGCCACACUCCUGAGCCGGCGCAUCGUUGAACUGGAGGUGGAGAACCGUGGACUGCGAGCAGAAAUGAGCGACCUGAAAGAGAAAACGGGAAGAGGAGGAGGAGGGGAGGAGGAGGAGGAAGAAGAAGAGAACCGGGAUGUGUUGGAGGAAAAUCUGUCAGCUGGCACACCGGUGAAGGACAGAGAGGGAAGUUUGGAAAUAGCAUGCACAACGUACAAGGACGAGGCAGCAAUGGAAGGUAAAAGUGAUGUUGAGACUUCAUCACAGACUGACGGCACGAUUGCUGCUUGUCGUAGUAGUCGAGAGGGUCCUGUGGGUGGUGAGUGGGACCCUUUAGACGGUCAUGAGAGUGAUAACAACAACAAAACGGACAGAGGUCUCAAAGGAAUGACGGUGAAAGACUAUGAAACUCUUCUAGCUCUCAGAGAUCAUUCUUGCAUUUUAAGUUCAGCUAUCCAGCUUCUGACGACGCCACCAAACACUGGCCACCACUCAUCUACCUCCUGUGAUUUUACCUCUCUGACAGAAGUGGACUUGGAUGGCAAGGCACAUCAAAUAUUCUCACCAGGGCCUUUGAAUGAGGCUUUGGAGCUUCUACAGGCCAUGCUGUUGGCUUUAAUUGGGAGGGUGGAGACCUUCUUAACAGGAGAAGAUCUAGGCAAACUCUCCGUUCACAAGGACGGACAUGUUGGGGAUUUCUGCAAUUUAUCCUUUCUCUCUGGAGACGGUAAAGAUCUUAAUCUCAAAGAGUCACCAAGUAAGCAGGAGAGUGUAGAAGACAUCCACACCUCAGAGGUUAAGGAGAGAGAAGAACAAGUGAGCCACGCAACUUGCUUCCAAUCGGACCUCAUCCGCAGCUGCAGGGACCCAAAAAUGCAACUGUCCUUGCAGAUUCUGAGGAUCCUCCAUCAGUGGUGUCACGUUAAAGGACGCGGGGUGGAGGCAAAAGAGGACAAAACCAUGCGUAUGCUGCAGGGGUUGUUGCAAGAUCUCGGUGCAGAGCUUCGGGAUGAGCGGAUUGAAUUCAGCAGUGAGGCCAAGACCACCCAGGGCAAGGCAGCUGAGUGUGCUGCCAGUGGUCUCUUUCAUAACGAAGUUGACAGAAAGUGCAGCUCAAAAGUGAAAGGACUUUGGCGACAGUUUUCUCCUCACGGCUGUAAGAGGAAGAACUGGUGCUAUCUGAGCCAAGAGGCUGCCCAGCUUGACCAAGAAGACCCCGUUAAGACGUGGGACCAUCUAAUCAUGCCGCUUAGCUUCCCUGAUCUGGACUUUGAGCAGAUGUCCAUGGAGAGAAGCCACACUUCCCCGGAGAAGUCGGCCUUCCGCAUCUACUUCAGCCCCCCAUCAGCUCGCAGAGUCCAGCUGGCUCAGCUGAAGCAAAGCCCCGUCGCAGACAGAGAGUCUGUCAACUCUGGCUCGCCCUGGUGCACACCGCCGACCUCCCUCUCUCCGCUCUGUCUGGGCUCAGCUGCGAACCUCAGCGACGACAUGAAGGAAAUGACGGCCAGCUGGCGGCAGACGGUUCACGGCAGUUCACAGGAGAGGAGAGGGAGAUUACAGCAGCGCUGGGUGGACGUGGCCUGUUCAGGGACUCAGACCCACACAAAGCCACAGAUGGUGAGUGUUGGUCUGCAGACAGAUGGCUCAGUCACUGUGAGAAGCAGUCCAUCCCGGGUCCUGAGCACCUCCCUGGUCUCCGCCCGCUCUCACCACAUCUCCACCUCACUGGACGGGGUGUCAGGCAGAGCUGAGAGGCCCAGACCCUCCACCUCCUCGCCUAAACUCUACCGGAGACACUCUGCAUCCGGAGCAUUCUCUCCCCCCUCAUCCACCAAUUUGAGCUCCUCCUCAUCCACAUCCACCUCGAGAGAUCGAGCUCUGUGGAACCUGAACCACCAGAGCCACACUGGCCUCACAUGGACCCGACAAACCAGUCACAGAGCCGGUGCAGGACAGAACCACAGCUCUGUGAGCAGCGGCAAGCCUCCGAGCAAACCUGCAGGCACCCACCGCUACGGCAUGGUCACAGAGUUCCUGCGCAGGGUGAGCGGCCGGGCAGAGAAACCGGUACCGGUACCGGGAUCAGGGCAGAAGACUAAGACCAGUAUGAAGAACCUGGAACGCGUUCCAACGAGGCCUGCUGCCGCUCCGCUGCACAGGAACGACAGCGUGACGAGGAUCGUCAACCAGAGGUUCAUGAAGCAGAGAGAGGAGAAGGCCAGCAGUCUGAACCACGGUGUCAGACACAGCCCGAGUACCGUCACAGCAGAGGAUGGAAACUACGACUGCAGCUCCAGCAGCACUUUGACCUUCUGCUUCGCUCGCCCAUCUCGCUCCACCCAGAGACCAAUGUCACACCAGAGCAAACUCCACCGGCACAGAUACUCGCCUCCAGCGAGCGCGGCUGCAGAAUCCAACUGCAAGUGACCGGGCAGAGAACAUACUGAUGCUUCUGGACAGCUGAGAGCGCACAGAGACGGGGAAGGGAAUUUAAAACUGUAAUCUUCAAAUGUAAGCCUGCUUUACUGCAAGAUGGUUGAACUGGGACAACUGGUACACUGUAUGUGGUAUAUGUUUUGACUUUUUAGCUUAGUCCUUAUGUUUUCUUUUGGUACAUUUCAUAAUACUCAUCUCCUUUUACAGAUGGGCUAACUGUGGAUUUCAAUUACAAAAAGCUACAAUGUCAUAUUUACAACUUUUAAACUUGAUUUUGCACUUAUAUUGUAAACUGCAAAUUAACUUUAUAUUAUCUUUGUAGAAUUUUGUAGCAAACAAACUGUUUUAUU